CUUUGCCCGUGAAUGCAACAGAAUACAUGCCUUGACGUCCACUUACAACAUUCUCGCCUGGAGUGAUUCAUGUUGUGUUAACUGUAGUCACAUACACCCCGUGCACUGAAAAAAAAGCGCAAUUCUUAAGGAGUGAACACUGGGCUGUCCCAAGCCUCGACAUGCCCGACCCUCCAUGCACAGAUCCAAGCUCCAAGGUGACAGACCCCCAGCAUUCCCAGAAACUCCUGCGGGUCCUCCGCACCUUCUGGCAGGAGCAGAGUUUCCAUGAUGCGCUGCUGGUUGUCGAUGGAGACGAGCUUCCCGUGCAGAAAAACAUCCUGGCUGCUGCGAGCCCUUACAUCAGGACCAAGCUGAACUACAACCCUCCAAAAGAAGAUGGGUCCACGUACAGGAUCGAGCUGCAGGGCGUCUCCAUGGGCAUCAUGAAGCAGAUCCUGGACUAUAUCUUCAGCGGAGAAAUCAGUCUGAGCGAAGAGACCAUCCAGGAAAUGGUGCAGGCGUCGGACCUCCUCCUCAUGACCGACCUCAAGUCGCUGUGCUGCCAGUUCCUGGAGAGCUGCAUCACGGCUGAGAACUGCAUCGGCAUCCGGCUCUUCUCCCUUCACUACUGCCUCUACCACGUCCACUAUGCCGCCACCGAGUUCUUGCAGACGCAUUUCCGCGACGUGGCGCUCACCGAGGAGUUCAGGGAGCUGCCGCCAUCCCGGCUCUGCGAGGUCCUGGCCAUGGAGAAGCUGAACGUGGGCAACGAGAAGCAUGUGCUGGAGGCCGUGGUCCGAUGGUUCGCACACGACCCGGACGAACGCCGGGUGCACAUGAAGGAGGUGAUGUCUGCUGUGUGGCUGCAGGGCUUGGACCUGAGUUACCUGAGAGAGCAGGCUUUGGGGGAGCCCCUGAUGAGGGAGGUGAUCAGAGAGUACUGUCAGACGGUGCUGGCGGCGGGUCAGCUGCAGGGGGAGGCCAUGCUCGCCGCCUUCAAACCCCGAGGCUACUCUGAGUGCAUCGUCAUCGCCGGCGGAGAAGAUCGCAAAAGCAGGAAGCCGACGGCGGUGACGCGCUGCAUGUGUCCUCUGUACGACACCAACCGUCAGUCCUGGAUCGAGCUGCAGCCAAUGAGCGUCGCCCGGGUUGGUCACGGCGUGAUGGCCGCCGAGGGUUUCCUGUUCGUCAUCGGGGGAACAGAUGAACUCAACACGGUGCUGGACACGGGAGAGAAAUACGAUCCCGACUCCAACAGCUGGAGUCCCAUCACCCCGAUGCUGCAGGCUCGUCAGAACUUCGGUGUGGUGGAGCUGGACGGCCUGAUCUACGUCCUCGGAGGAGAGAACGAGGAGACGGAGCUGAUCACGGUGGAAGUUUUUGACCCAAACUUCAAUACCUGGAAAAUGCAGACCAGCAUGACCAUGAUCCGCAAGGUUGGCUGCUACGCCUCCAUGAAUAAGAAGAUCUACGCCAUCGGAGGGGGAUCCUAUGGGAAGCUGUUUGACUCCGUUGAAUGCUUCGACCCUAAGACCCUGCAGUGGACAGGACUCUGUCCUCUGAAAGAAAGAAGAUUCGGUUCGGUGGCUUGCGGCGUCGGCCAGGAGCUCUACGUCUUCGGUGGCGUCAGAAGCCAAGAGAACGACAACCCUGAACAAAGAACCAUGAUGACCUGCAAGUCCGAGUUCUACCACGACGAGAUGAGGAGGUGGAUGCUCCUCGAUGACCAGAACCUGUGUAUCCAGACCAGCUCGUCCUUCGUCUAUGGCGCCGUGGCCAUUGGGGCCAGUAUCUACGUAGUGGGGGAUCUGGACACGGGAACGAGCUUCGACUACAUCCGCGAGUUCCGUCGCAGCACCGGGACCUGGCAUCGCACCAAGCCCAUGUUACCCAGCGACCUCUCCAAGACGAGCUGCGCGUCGCUGCGCAUCGCAAACUGCCGACUGUUCCGCCUUCAGCUGAGCCAGGGCAUGUUCCGAAUCAGAGUCUGAGUCCGGGACGCCAGUCGGCCUCACACUCCUCCAACGUUUGCACACUGGUAAUCGCUACAUGCUGUGGGCCUGGGGUUUGGGGAGUAGACGAUACGUGUUGUAGUUGCUUGAUGCUGAGGAUAGGGGGCCCUCUGUUCAGGGGUUUGUACUUGAGGCCCUUAUGUUUUUGAAAUAAUAGGGUGGUAGAAUUUGUUUUUAAAGCGCAGUUCAUUGAGUUUUAAUUUCACCAGACAUUCCUCAUUUGUAAUGUUUACUGGUUCUGUUUGUGGGAGAGGGAUUCAACACUUUGAUUGCCACAUUAUCACAGGAGGAAGUCUUACCGCAAUGGUGCAGUUUGGGUUUUAGGACGUAUUACAGAACAUUGCUCCACUUUGAACUCUGCACAUCCAUUGUAGGAAUUCCAGGAAACAAGGCUUCCACCGAAACAAAUUUAGUUGGUUUUCUGAAACGCAGGAAUUAUCCGUCUGGAUCCGCUCUGUCUCUGGUUGUUCUAGGUUUCUCCACUGAGGAUGCUUCUGCCUGAUCUGAUCUAUGAUCAUUCUUUAGCAUGUGUCCGUUCUGCAGAGAUCAGAGCGAAGUCUUAAGUUUCUCCAAAUGAUUUUGCUUUGGGACGUCUCCUUCUGAAUGCCGAUAUUUAUCAAAGCUGCAGCUUCAUUAAUUGUAGUUCCAAUCAAUCCAUCAACAAGACCAAUGUUCAGACGUCUUUCGUUUCGUCCUCUCAGACGUUCUCCUUCCAGUCGACUGGAGCUGCUCCAGCUGCUCGUCCGUGGACUUUUGUUCCAAUUAAAUUUAAAUGUUGUGCAUCUGAGCCUGAGAUGGUUCCUGGAGAGUUCCUGGAAAAUCAUCUGCUCACAUGUAAACCUUCCUGGUGAUCAGAUCAGGAGACGUCCCUAACGGCCGCUCCACGCAGAUAAUUCCUGUGUUCAGACCAGAUCAACCAAGUAUUACUUGAGGAGAGAUUCUCCCCCCAACAUCAACCAAGUAGUUUUAAUCGUGAUGUUUAAAGAGUAUUUUUAACCAAAGCUUUUCUUAACACUUUUUUGUGCCUAAAUCUAACCUUAACCAUGAGAUCCGACCGUUCGGAUGAAGCAGAGCGUCACUGGACGAUGUAGAAGCACAGGUUUAGAUUCACAGCCAAAGAAUUCACAGAGUGUUUCUCACAGUUUAGACAAAUCACACGAGUAUCUUCAGCAGCAGCGAAAUGACAGCGUAGGAAAUCACUGACUGAUGCAGCAGAUGAGGAGGUUUAUAGGGGUGUCCUGAUCGGUAUCUGGGCCGACACAGAUCUUCACGCCUGAUCUUUUCUAGUUGUUUGUUUUACGUGUGACAUGAACCAAAACUAUUUCUCUGUAGCAGCUUCCAAAAAUCCAAAUUAAUAAGUGGAAGAACCAGAAGAACUAGAAGAACUAGAAGACGGAGAAACAGAGGAAGAGAAAAACAAGACAAACCAGGAAAAGAAGAACAAAAACUAGAAGAACUAGAACUCAAGUGACAUGACGGAGGUGUUAGUCAGUAACUAGUGGAAUGUGGACGUGGACGUGUGGUGACGUGGUGGUAGGACGUCAUCUAAACACAAUCCAAACAACAACAAACAAUGAGCGUUUAAAAGAAGAGAAAAGUUUCCUGGAGACUAGUCUUCCAGAGAGUUAGUGAGUUUAUGGCAGCGCUGGAUAUGCAAAUAGUUCAUUAACAUGCUGGAUUUUUUCAUGCACAAUCACGUGUUCAACAUUUUCUACUGGUUGAGAGAGGAAUUAAUGCAGUAGAUCGACUAAGGACGGACAGUUUGAUUGUGAUGAUGAGUUAAUAUUGUAGAAUAAUCCCACAUUAGCAGUGACACAGGUUUGCAUGGCCCCGUGUUAGAACUGACUGCUGAUGUCCACAUUUACAGCUCAGAGAUAAAAAUAAGAACUGUUUAAUUUAUUUUGACAUAUUUAUUCAUAUUUAAGCUGCUAAUAGCAGCGCGAGACGCUACCGUAAUAACUGUAGUCUGUGCACCACAUUUUUCUUCCUCAUUCAUAAAAAGCACAUUUCCAAGGACGUCUUUAUCCGGGGGCAGGUCGUCCAAAACGGGAAUUAUUCACAGAAACCAGGACGUCCCGUCGCCCUAAAAAGAAGAAACAAAACAGACACAGCACCUUUUGUUUUUUUUUGUCUUCUCGUUCUGCUGCUUCAUUUCGGACCUUUAAUAAGGUCCAGUAUCAGUAUGAGCCGGUUUACCACUCGACUCUAGUUAGAGGACGUACGAGCCCACGUCUCCACAUUAUAUUAACUUAGGCUGAACGAAAGAUUCAUUGAAUGAAUCCAGUCACAGAAUAAAUGUUACCGAAUAUUAAAAGAAAGGGAAAGAUCAGGACAUCCCUAAAAUAUCUGAAUCACGCAGUGAUCUCAUCUAUGCAUCAGACGUAGUCACUGAGUGAAGCACAUUUUAACCAAACACACACACUACACACUCCACGUUUGCACUUUGGAGCACAAGCGCUUUCCCAGCCCGUCCGGUCGUGUGUCCGGGCUUCAUCCGGGCUUCAUCCGAGCCGUCUGUUCAGAAAUAGGAGUCAGAAAGGAGGCGGAGCUGCUGGGACGCGUCGCUGCCUCCGUCGCCUCUGACCCGGCUUUACAGUCGCUACAGUUUUGGCAUCCGUUGACCCCCGUUUGUUCUGUUGUGAGUUCCAGCUGCUGCUGUCCGUCCUCGGCUCAGCGGACACACAAGUGGAGCUCAGGCCGUGUUGACACAGACUCUCUCAGUGUGGGAGGCCGAGGCCGACACAGAGGAGUCUCCACAGUCUUAACGCUUCUUACUCCACACAAGAAUGAAGUCAGAUGAUCAAACGCGUUUUAACCUCCUGAGACCUGAGCUUUUAGUUGCUAUGCAUUUAUAAUUCCUCUUAUUCGUGAUUUGUCAGACGUAAGAACUGUAAAAACUAAGCAUCUUCUCUGAACUGGAAGUCGUUUUUGGGAGAGAAUGAUGUCGUCGUGUGUGGUCACGGGCUAUUUCACUAUUUCAAUAUUAUAAUAAAGUGCAAAAUGUAAAACUGUUAAUUUUCAUGUCUGAACACGGCUGAGAAAAAGCAGAACUGCAAAUAAUGAAUUACCAACAUCCUCAUCUGAGUUCCUGCUAAUUAGCAACGUUAUGCUAGUUACUGUUGAUAGAAUUUACAUCACAUUUAACCAUAAAUACACAAGUUACAACUGUAAAUUGUGAUGAGAUUUUGAACCUUGUCUGCUUUUGUUACGUGAUCCACUGAAAUGAUGCUGUCAGUCUCUAGUUAUGAGCAGAAAAGUUUAAAUGCAGCAGAAUAAACUGCCACAAACAUAAAAUGCAACGUCCCCGUAUUAAACUGCAAAAAACACAAACAAAUCUCUAGCAGCCUGGAAAUUCCUCCGCCUACAAAUUUAUCUGGAGACUCUCCGUUGGGAAUAAAUGCUGCUCCUGCAAAGAUCUGACGGGCCAAUCAGAUUGCGUGGGCGGGACUUAAUGUGUUCGUCAUAGACGUCAUCUGAGCGUCAUGCAGUUGAAUUAGUUUACAACUAAAUGUCUUAUUUUUUCUCUGUAUCGGUUGAAACACUCCUUAUAAUUAGUGCGGAUGUUAGCAUGACAGGCUAAAGACACGUAGCGUUCAAACACACCAACGAAACCUACGUUAGAAUAUAAAGUCGGGAUUAACAGGAUUAACUUUGUUGAACUGUGACGUGUCUACAUAGAGGAAAAUGGAUACAUUUUCAUCUUUCUCCUUAGUUUCUCCAACAAAUCUCUGACUAUAAGCUACCAGAGAUACGCUUACUGGCAUUACGGGUUGUUUUGCUGCUAGGCUAGCAUUUAGACUUCCUAACUGUAACGUAAACGCUGCUUGUGUCGAAUAUGUCGUCAGAAUAUUUAUGUUCCUCUGCGGUUAUGGCGGCUAAGGACAGAAGUGUACACAAAUAAACCCGAACCUGAAUGUUAGACGUCCAAAGAGACGGCGGCAUCAGGAUCUGGACUAUACCAGACAUGCUAAUGGUGAUGCUAAUGGUGAUGCUAACGGCUAGCAUGUCAGCGCUGCUUUCCGUCAGUGUGUUUGUGCUCAUAUAUUUUCCUCUAAAACUGAACCAAGUGGGUGUUAGCAACCGUUAGCACGCCAAUAAGAACAUUACAGCUAACCAAUGCUAUGUAUGCUAAUUAAUUAGGGCAAAAAAGAAACUUUCCUAAUAACUUCAUUAGCUUUUUUAAAUAUGAUGUUAUGAAAAAACGUUGGAAUGAAAGUUUAAUGGUGGAAGUUUUUAUUUAGUCAUAAAUUAACCAAAGGAUUCAUUUUUGUAGCGUUUCACUGGUGUUUGGUUCUUUUUUUUUCUUUCACUUCCAUCGUGGGUAAAAUAUUCAGCUGAACUCAGAUUCUUCUGAUGUGAAAGUGAAAGCAGCAGAAACCUCAUGUGUUCAUAGCCGAGUAUUAAGUCGCAUUAAAUCUGAAGGGGUGGAGUCGUCUCACGGGAAAACUGUGAGUUAUCUCGCCUGCUGACCGACCUCAGCAGCCGUCACAUUCAAACCCUUCAGCUGUAAAAGGUCUGACGUCAGAAACGUUUGAGGGGGAUUCCAGUUUAUUUCAGUCUGAUGCAUUUUCCCGUUAACAUGCAUCUUUACGGUUCACUCUAGUUCAAGACAAGAAAAGACUUGAAGCUCCAUUUGCCUGCAUCUUAUUCUUCCCCCUGAAUCAUUUUAAAAACUGAAACAGAAAUUUGCGUCCAAACCCACUGAUCCUGAUUAUCGUUGGAUUCACAUUGAAACACUAGCCCACAUGAUGACACACCAGCUGACUGUGAAAGCACUUCCUGCCGCCUGUGAAUGUUGUUCUUCCUGAUUUUUUGACACAGUCCAAAGUGUCUUGUCAUUUACAGUAAAUACUCCGGUAGUUUUCCAGGCUGCUCUGUGUACUAAACAGCUGCUGAUCUCACAUGUUAACCCCUCAUCACACACGUCUGUUGUGAAGCACUGGAACGAACCGCGAGGGAAGAUGACGGCGGUCGAACCCCGACACACGCUCUCAAACUUGACCCGGAGUCAUGUUGUGAAAGACGGGGAGUCAGGCUGUUGUUUCAGUUUGUACUUUUGUAACUGAUGCAUGAGGAAGUUUUGUAAGAUGUCACCCGUGAGUGUCUUUUCAUUUACGUAAAAGGGAAUAAAUCACCAAAGUGGUCGACCAGCA